AUGCAGUGACACAUCACACCGCCAGAGAGAGGCAAUGAGCCAUGUACGCGAGUAAAACUAGAGAGUAAAUAGUUCUUGGCCAAUCAGCAGAGUUAUUUCUAUGGCCAAUCGGAGCCCAGGGCUCCAUAUUAAACCGAUGUUUAGAUCAACAACACAUCUUUGCUGCUUCUAACUUAAGUCGAGGAAAGUUAAAUAUGGCUGCAAAACUUGAGGAUUUAAAAAAGUUAAAAGUCCCGGAGUUAAAAUCUCGACUGAAGAAACUAGGUUUGGACAGUAAAGGACUUAAGGUUGAGCUGGUAGGUAGACUAUGGUCAGCGGUAGACGGUGGACUCGAGUCAAAAGUGAGAAGUGACACUACAGCACAUCCUCACGUAACGAUAUCGACACAAGAAGAAACAGUUUAUCGACCGACACAAUCCCGCAGAGAGUACGCAGAGAGAGCCACGCAGACAGACCCUGCCUUCAGUGGACUGACUGUAACUCCAGACCCUUUGGAUUCAGGACCAGGAUCUGGGCCAUGGGACCAGGAGCAGCAGAAACCACAGGACAAGGAAGAGUCCAUGGUUGAGGAUGAGAAGGCUGCGACAAGAGAUAUAUUGGAGAUGGGAAAGGGAAGAGCCUUUUACGAGUUCAAAGAAGAAAUAAAAUAUAAAAGAUCCAAGUUGCCCCUUAUACUAGUGACAGAAGAGCCUGUGGAGGAAGAUCGAAACAUCGUUAAAAUUGAUUUAUACAAUAGUGACCUUCACUUUGAAGUUGAUCCUGAUGGGGCUGGUGGUCAUCCACAGUUUUGGGACCGCUUUCCUCUGCUCUGGUCUGGCUGCAGGCUUACCCAUGGAGUUAAACAGAACCGAGUGGGUUUUGAAGUGAAGCUGGAGAGGCUCCCGACCUCACAACCACAAGAGCAACAUAAUGAUGAAAUGGAGUCUUUUGGCCUAAGAAUUGGAUGGUCAGUGGCCAGUACCUCCUUAUUGCUUGGUAAAGACUAUUUAUCAUUUGCCUAUGAUGGGCGGGGCAAAAAGGUUUCCCAUGGAAAAGAAGAGAACUAUGGGGAGCCCUUGUCUGUGGGAGAUAUAGUUGGUUGCUAUGCUUCCUUUUCAUCAGGUGGUGCUGUUGAACUCUCCUUUCAUAAAAAUGGAUUGUUUUUGGGCAUUGCAUAUUCGCUUGAUGCAUCAGCACUGCAGGGACAACCUCUGUUCCCACAUGCUCUCUGUAGAAGCUGUUCUAUUCGGUUUCUUCUUGAUCCUAUGGCUGGUGCAUGGUACCCUUCUCCUCCAGGGUUUACGUCGCUAAUAGCACUGUCUGAUGAGCAAAAGAUUUGUGCUGUCUCUGCACCUCAGUCUAAAUCGCAGUGCGAGGUGAUUGUAAUGGUUGGUUUCCCUGGUUCUGGAAAAACCCACUGGGCCAAGAACCACAUAAAGCAACAUCCAGAAAAGCAAUACAGGCUGUUGAGUACAGAGGAGCUGCUUGCAUGUAUGAUUACAGGUGUACAAAGGGAUACCAUGCUUCAGCAAGCUUCCCAGUGUCUUACUGAAUUAAUCAAACUUGCUGCUAAAAGGCCAGGCAACUACAUCCUCGACCAGUGUAACAUUCUCUUCUCUGCACGUCAUUACAAGUUGCAGCUAUUUGUGGGUUUCAGACGAAAAGUGAUGGUCAUUUUCCCCUCAAAAGAGGAAUGGAAAAAACGUCUUUCACAGCGUCAACUAAAAGGAGAGCAAAUCCCUCAAAAUGCUUUCCUUAAAUUGCAAGUCAGCUGCACUCUUCCAGAGCAAGCUGAUCUUAUAGAAGAACUACACUAUAUAGAGUUAUCACAGCCACAAGCACAGACAAUGUUGCAGGAAUAUAAAGAUGAGGCACGCAAACUGUUGCCCCCUGCCCCCAAAAAUGACGAGAGGAAACGACAGCGUUUCAAGAAAAGGCCAUAUCCUCAAUGUCAAAAAUCAUUUCAUAAGACUAGAAGCAUGUGUCAAAAUGGUUGGACCCAUCUGCAUUCAUGGAGCCAGCAACAGCAAUUUUGGCCUGCUUCCUGUCUUCAAGGGUACUACUAUAACAGCAGUUAAAAGGGCUGCUAGUGAGAAAUUGAUCUGCAGCAUUUGUCAAAACAAUAACAAGUGACAGGUUUGGGACUUGGAUCUUUAUGUUCACAGACAAUACCCUACUUGCUAGUAUCAGCAAUUUUAACAUUCAAGACUGCUUUUGUUUUGUUGAAAAUUUAGCAUUUUAUUAUUACAUAUUUUUGCAUUUUGUGUAUUUGCACAAAAAAUAUAAUUUCUCAAGAUUACACAAUGUUGCUCAAGAAAUAAAACAAUAUGGGCCUUAA